GCAAGCAUUGGACUUUGCGAACAUCUGCGCAACAGAUGAAAUCGCCAACCGGCAUUCCGUAUUACGAAGUCAACUGCGCAUGCACAGACCAAGUACUUACAUUUUGGUGAUGUUUCUCGAUUCUGAACAGCACUUGCCUCUUCAUUGGAAGAAGUACUUAGAUCUUAUAUAGAAGGACACUGGAGGUCGGUUUUCAAUCAUCCUCUUUGUCAGCACCUGAAGAGCAACACAGGUGAACGGCUUUUUUCCAAUGUUGUAUGCACGAUCGACCGACACGCUCAAUUUCGCGAGUGUGGUACGGCUUUUUUUCUGUGCAAACGGG